AUGAGACUAAAUGUCGCCAUCUUCUUUGGGGCCCUUUUUGGUGCUUUGGGGGUUUUAAUUUUUUUGGUGGCUUUUGGAUCAGAUUACUGGCUUCUUGCAACUGAAGUGGGGAGAUGUUCAAAUGAACAGAAUAUAGAGAAUGUCACCUUCCACCAUGAAGGAUUCUUCUGGAGAUGUUGGUUUAAUGGAUUUGUGGAAGAGAAUGUUUCCAAUGUCUGGAAGUUCUGGUAUACAAAUCAGCCACCAUCUAAGAACUGCAUGCAUGCUUACCUGUCACCAUACCCGUUCAUGAGAGGGGAGCACAAUUCCACAUCCUAUGACUCUGCAGUUAUUUACCGUGGUUUCUGGGCAGUGCUGAUGCUUCUGGGCGUGGUUACUGUUGUGACUGCAAGCUUUCUGAUCAUCUGUGCAGCCCCCUUUGCCAGCCAUUUCCUGUAUAAAGCUGGAGGAGGAUCAUAUAUUGCUGCAGGCAUCCUCUUUUCCCUGGUGGUGAUACUGUAUGUCAUCUGGGUCCAGGCGGUGGCCGACAUGGACAGCUACAAAAACAUGAAGCUCAAAGACUGCUCCGAUUUCACCCCUUCUGUUCUGUAUGGCUGGUCAUUUUUUUUAGCCCCAGCCGGGAUAUUUUUUUCUUUGCUCGCUGGAUUACUAUUUCUAGUUGUCGGUCACCAUAUUCAAAUACACCACUAAUCAAGCCAUUGCCAUCAGCAUUUUCUUGAGAGAGUUUAAAACAGAACAUACUUUUUUCUUUCCAUUGUGUAUCAUUGAUCC